GGUCGCGAGCUUACGGCGCUCUACGGAUCCGAGUUCGCGCGACGUGUCAAAUUUUUGGUUUUUGGAAAUAAAAAUUCCAAUGCGAAAGCCAACGUGGUGUUGAGUUUUUAGUUUUUAUUCGUUCGUGUGUUCCUCGAGUAAAAAACAUUAAGAAAAAAAAAAUGCUGCAUCAUAUUUGAUCAGAUUUCACAGUCAGACCGAUUUAUAAUAAAGGAUGGAAAUUAUGUCGGAGGAGGUCUACAACAGCACGCUGAUAGCUCCGCUGCCUAAACGAGAUCCUCUCUACAUUGUCAUACCAAUGACAAUACUUUAUUCCUUCAUCUUCGUUACCGGAGUCGUAGGGAAUGUCAGCACGUGCAUCGUCAUCGCCAGGAACAGGCACAUGCACACGGCGACCAACUACUACCUUUUUUCUUUAGCGGUGUCAGACCUGCUCCUAUUGAUCUCCGGUCUGCCGCAGGAAAUGUAUUACAUCUGGUCAAGGUAUCCUUACGUCUUCGGCGAGGCUUUUUGUCUUCUAAGAGGCCUGGCGGCGGAGACUUCAGCGAAUGCGACCGUCCUGACAAUCACCGCCUUCACUGUCGAGAGAUACGUGGCCAUUUGCCACCCUUUUCUAGCACAUACAAUGUCAAAAUUGUCCAGGGCGAUAAAGUUCAUCCUGGCCAUAUGGAUCAUCGCCUUAGCGUUCGCUAUACCCCAGGCGUUGCAGUUCGGUGUGAGCGACGAAUAUCCUCACGGUGCGACAUGUUUCGUCAAAAGGGUGCUGAUCAAACAUUCGUUCGAGCUGUCGACAUUGCUGUUUUUCGUCGUGCCGAUGACUCUCAUCACAGUCCUGUACGCCCUCAUUGGCCUUCGGCUGAGGAAAUCAGCCCUACUGACCAGGAACUCAGGGUCUUUCGGCAGGACCGAGUCAGGCAGAAAGGGCGGCGGGGCCCACCGCCAGUCCUCCCAGAGGGUGCUUAAAAUGCUAGUCGCAGUAGUAGUGGCGUUUUUCAUCUGCUGGGCCCCAUUUCACGCCCAGAGGCUGGUUGCUAUCUACUUCUCAAGCAGCGAAGAAAACUGGCCAACUUCAGAGCUAGUCAUGGACGUAUACUCGGUCGUCACGUACAUUUCCGGCAUCCUGUACUACCUGUCUACAACCAUCAACCCGAUCCUUUACCACAUAAUGUCCCUGAAGUUUCGGGAGGCCUUCAAAGGGACGGUCGCGAAGUGCUGCUGGUCAAAGAGUCGGACAAGGUCCUACCUGAUGCUCUCGAGGGGAAGAACCGAGCUGGAUUCGGGACGGAGCGUAACCGAUUCGGCAUCCGCGCAAGCUGCCAAUCACCAACUGGAGAGGAAGCCGAGCGACUUCUGCCGUACUUGCCCGUACGACAUAUCCAACUCAUCCCUGCGGGACGUUGACGGUGUCGCCCUCCAGGACGAGCUGACCACUUACAUGAUGGAGCUCGCGAAAAGGCAGCGCUCCUGAGGGAUCUCACAAGUCCCCGGCCGCUCCCGGUCGUGACGGGUGCCUUCAAGGACUUCGCUGCUUUAAGGGCAACGUCGAAAUUCGACUCGGCGUCAAGUGUGAGCAUGAUGCAUGUAAUGAUGUUCAUGGAGAGAAAAUACAGCCCUUUGAGGAUAUGUUUAGCGGCCAUUUUUGAACAUGGCGCGCUUCAAUCGUCACUAACGUUUACCGGCUUGUUGCCCGGAUUACGGUUCUCUGCUUCGUGAAUUCCAAAAUAAUUACUAUAAUUAAAUGUCAAAUCAUCAAAAUUAAAAUGAUAAGAAGAAACUUUUAAGAAUCUUUUCUUCGAUGAAAAAAAACUUUCUCUUCAAUGAUUAACGUAAACCAAAUAAUUGAAAUGUAAAUAUAAAGACCGUAAAGUCAACAAAGCUCAAAUUUAAUCAGUAUUCUCUCCAAUUUAACAAAAAAUCCAUUUUUGAAUCAAUACAAGAAAAUCUAAAAAUAUUAUUUUACGAAAAACAAGAUUUGAAAUCAACAAAGCUCAAGGUUUAAACUUUUUCACCUCAAUGAAAAAUAAAUGUGCUAAUUAAUCUUAAAACGUUAAAAAAUGUAUUACCAAUCAAAAAAUCAAUAAAACCAACAUGCAAUGACAAUUAAGCAAAUAAGAAACAGUAAAUUCACAGAAAUAAAAUUUUAAACAAUAUUCUCAGAAUAAUUAAGAAAUAACGUCAAUAAAGCUUGAAUUUCAACAUUUUUCACUCAAUGAAAACAUUUCAUAUCUGUCCUAAUUAACCGUAAAACGUUAAAGAAUUUAUUACGUACCAAUCAAUCAAUAAAAGCAACAUGCAAUGACAAUUAAGUAAAUAAAACCAGUAAAUUCAACAAAAAUAAAAUUUUAAACAAUAUUCUCAGAAUAAUUUAGAAAUAACGUCAAUAAAGCUCGAAGUUCAACAUUUUUCACUCCAAUGAAAAGAGUUUAUACUUGUCUUAAAAAACCGUAAAACGUUAAAGAAUUUAUUACGUACCAAUCAGUCAAUAAAACCAACUUUCAAUGACAAUUGAGUAAAUAAAACCAGUAAAUUCAACAAAAAUAAAAUUUUAAACAAUAUUCUCAGAAAAAUUCAGAAAAAAAGGCAAUAAAGUUUAAAUUUCAACAUUUUUCACUCCAAUGAAAACCUUUCAUAUCUGUGCUAAUUAACCGUAAAACGUUAACGAAUUUAUUAGAAAUUCAACAAAAAUAAAAUUUUAAACAAUAUUCUGUGCAAUGUAGGCAAUCUAUUUCUGCACUGAUCAAUAAAGAUCUUUAAAAAUUACUUUACAAGAAACAAGAAAUGAUGUCAAUAAAGCUAGGAGUUCAACGUUUUUCACUUUAAUGAAAACAUUGUACAUUUCAUUUUUCUGCUGAUUAACCAUAAAACGUUAAACAAUUAUCAGUUAUGAAUGCAACGGGACAUGCUCAUUAAAGCACCAACAUAAAACAUUCCUUUGCUUCCAAUCAAGAUAAAAAUAAAUUAAUUAAUGAUGAAAAUAACAAACAUGCAAAUACCAUACAAAGGAAACUCGAAUGUAUUCAACGACGUCAUAAUUUUGUAUUUUCUCUACAACAGUUUUCCUAGUAUAACUAUGUUCCUACAUGACAUUUAAUUGAUAUAAUUAUAGUUUUACCUUACAAUUAUAAUUUGAGUAAUUAUUAAUAAUUAUUC